AUGAAGUCGUUUGGAUUUGCUGUGAUUCUAUCGCUGAAUGUGGCCCUGGGAUUCGCUAAGAUUGCUCCAGUGCUUAAGGUUUGCAGUCGGAGCGACCCGGCAUUGGCGCAAUGUAUCGCCGAUGCAAUGCACAAAAUCCGGCCCAACAUCGCUUCCGGUAAUUUUGGUGAUAACCGAACAACUCUCCCGUUGGAUCCGCUGCAUGUCGGCCGAGUCGAUAUUGACCGUGGGUCAAGCUUCAGAGCUAAUUUGAGAAAUAUUAACAUCAACGGUGUCAGUGGUUUUGUGAUUCGUAAAAUCCAGGACGAUGUGCCGAAAAAAAUGUUCAGUAUCGACGCAAUAAUACCAUCAAUAUUAGUGAGAGGUAAAUAUGAUCUGAACAUGUAUAUCCUGCUUCUGAGAAUUGUCGGGAAUGGACCUUUUAAUUUGACAUUAGAUGAUACCUUGAUGAAUCUGAAGGUGAAAUACUUCCUACAGCCGAAGGAUGGAAGAAAUUUCUUGAAAUUCCAUCCGGUUGGUUUGAAUCUCAAGUUUAACCAAGCACGCUUUUAUCUGAAUAACUUGUUCAACGGAGAUCUUGGUCUGGAGCGAAUCGGGAACCAGGCCAUUAACGCAAACCCUCACCUUUUGUUGGACCAGGUGAAGCCGGCGCUGAUGGAUAAGUUAGUUCUGUCAUUGACGGAGAUUUCCAACGCAGUCGUUGCGGGAGGCGAGGAGGACGAAAUACUUCCGCCGUAA